AUGGGAAUAGCCCAAUGGCGCGACUCGUGCGAAGAUCGACCACAUACUCACCAGCCGGAGCCACAUGAUGAAAAGGAACAUCUGCUAUUGACAACGAAGGAGAAAAGAAGUCGUUUACGACGAUUGCGUACUCGAGGACUCCUUGCUCCAAGAGAAUUACGAGCCUGUGCUGAGCGUGCCUCGAAGCCGUGCACGACAAACUUGGAUCGAAUUUCGAAGACCACCAAGGAAUUGUUGGAAAGAAGAAGGGCUUUAAGGCUUGAUCCGAAUGCAUCGCACAUUGGGCGGUUAUUAACAAACACUAGCUGCAGAAAAGCGUUGCAGGAGGAUCUUUUGAAGUACAGGCAGAAGAUUCUAGAAGCAGCACAAAGAAGAACGAGUCGAAAGAAGUGCCGCAAGGAUCUCCGCGAAUAUAUUCCGCUAGCAGCCUUGCUGAGCGAAGACGGGACUCGCACGUCUUCUCGUCGAGAGAUGGAAAUCAUUACGGAGAAGUUCUACUCGAACCUUUUCCGUCCAUCAACUCCUGUGUCAAGCCCAAUCAUCCCCACUGGCGAAGCUUCACCACGGAUUCUCCCUUCGGAAGUACGAGUCGCUAUCAAGAGCAUGAAACCUGGCACAGCCCCCGGACCUGAUUUUAUAUCAGCAGACUUUCUUCGGGCUGGUGGCCAUCCGCUUCAUAUAAUCUUAGCAGCGUACAUGACAUCCUAUCUUCAGAAAGAAAGGAUCCCAGACCAGUGGAAGACCUCGCGAACCGUUCUUAUCCAUAAGAAAGGUGACCGAGAGGACCUUCGAAACUACUGUCCGAUAUGGUUGCUGAGCGUGUUAUACAAAGUAUUCACCAAGAUCAUCCUCACACGCAUAGGACGCUGGAUGAAGCCCAGCCUCAAGAACAAGCUGGAUUCCGCCAGGGGUUCAGCUGCUUGGACCACAUCCAGACCGUGUCGAGGGUCAUAG